UUUGAGAAAUGUCAGUGCAAGCCGUUUUCAGUUUGGUUAGCUCUUAAAUUUAUUUUAGUCUAGGACUAAUCUAAUCCCUGUCCAAAAUGUGCUUGAAACAUUUGGUUGUAUCCUGUAAUUUGAUUUCAUUGAUCCAUAACAACAUUGCCCUCUAUGUUCGGAAGAAAGUAGCGCAGCCUGUUAUCGCGCAGCGUACUACACUACCCACAUACACCAGCGGCGUGACGUCACGACGCUUGAACCGUAAACAGUCACUUGACACUAACAUCAUCUCUGAAGAAAGGCAGUCCGCGUUUAAAUCUGACUGAUAUUUAUAUUUUUCGUGCGUAACCGCAGAAAAUAAUUUGCGUGAAAGUGUCACUCGUGCAGCAGAUCAAUGGCGGGAUCCGAGUGGCGCGUGUCGUUAAAGCUGAUAGAUCAACCUUUAGUGCCGAAGUCAGUGCUGCAGUUUCCAGAGACUGAACCUGGAGAUGUUCCUCCUGGAGAAUAUCGGGUCUCUACUCUUAAACAACUCGUUUCUGCACAGAUCCCUGAUGCCAUACCUGAUCCUGACCUCAUAGGUCAUGACCCAAAGGUUUCCAACUGUGCUUUAUGCAUCUCAGAGUUGGUGUACUGUGGCAGGAAGUUAAAGGAUGACUUGACCCUAGACUCAUAUGGGAUUCAGUCUGGAUCUACUGUUCACAUCUUGAGAAAGUCAUGGCCAGAACCCGAGAUUCAGCCUGAGCCAGUGGACAAGGUUGCCGCCGCGAGGGAAUUUCGUGUCUUACAAGCAGCUCUUCACACCAGCACUGCAUACAGAGACUCGGUCUUCAAGAUGUUAAACAACAAAGAAUCUCUGGAUCAGAUUAUAGUUGCAACACCCGGGCUGAGUAGCGAUCCUGUAGCUCUAGGGGUGCUUCAAGACAAAGACCUCUUCAUACAAUUCACAGACCCGAACAUGCUUGACACGUUGGUUAGUUCUCAUCCCGCAUUGGUUAACGCCAUCAUCCUGGUACUUCACUCUGUGGCCGGUAGCGUGCCACCCCAGCAGAGCGCCAACUCCUCCAGAAAUGUGUCAUCUAGCUCCUAUAGUGACAUGCCAGGAGGUUUCCUCUUUGAAGGAACGUCUGAUGAUGAGGAUGAAUUCCAACCGGGAAAUCGUGGUGGACCAUCCAAUCUUGCCAGUGGUUUGGCAGGCAUGAGACCAGCUUCACUUGGUUACAAUGGAGCCGUGGGUCCCAGACCCAUCACUCAAAGUGAGCUGGCCACAGCUCUGGCCCUUGCCAGCACCCCUGAGAGCAGUGCUGCCACGCCAACUACAGGAAACCAGGGUCCAUCCUCAGGUGUGUCUCCUAUCCCUGCAGGGACACCCAUAACAAAUGAUCUUUUUAACCAGGCACUACAGCAAGCCCUUCAGGUGUCAAGCAUGUCCAGCUUACAGAACCAGUGGCAGUCACAGCUCCAGCAGUUACGGGACAUGGGUAUUCGUGAUGAGGAGCUCAUCCUGAGAGCCCUGCAGGCCACGGGUGGAGACAUCCAAGCUGCUUUGGACCUCAUAUUCGCUGGAGGGGCACUAUGAGUCUGUUCUCUGAAAUAAAACCGGAUUGUGAUAUAAGCCCUAUUUAUCUCAAAAUGUUUUAAGUAGCAUUUGUCUUUUAAGUACGUAAAUUGAAUUCGAGUGUAUAACACACUAUCGGCUGAAAAAUCCCACAAUGUUACACGCUGGCUGUGUUGGUACACUAUAUUGUUAAAUUUUUGGGGGUAUAUUUAUAAUUGCUUAAAGCUCAAGUUUGCCUGACAAUCAGACAAUCGUUUAUGCUUUGUUUUUGUCAUUCAUGAAACUGUUAUUUAAAUAUCGUAUUACUCUAUUUAAAAAAAGCAACAACGUUGCAGCGCCAUCUGGUGUGACAUUGUAACAAAUGUAACUUAACGUGAAAUUGAAAAUGUAAAUGUCAAUAGAGAAUGCUGUAAGUUAAAUAUUAAUAAAAUGUGAAAAAAAUUGUGA